AUGGAUUUGUUUGAUCUCCCGACACACUUGCCCAAUGAGCAGGCACUGAGUUCGAAGCCGGCAAGUACUCUGGAGCCAGGCGAUCAGACAAAUAUCGAGCUGAUGACGGUUCUGAUAGAACUGAAAUCCGCUACCGCUGAAGGCUCAUCGCACGAGUCUUCUGCUUCUCCCAUAUAUAUUCCAGGGACUACCAUCAAACUUGAAACUGACGAAGAUAUACAAAAGUGGAUUGCUGAGAGACGUAAAAACUGGCCGUCCACCAAAAACCUCGAGAGAAAACAGCAGGAGAAGCACUCGGAUAAAAAGCGUAAAUUGCAGGAGGAGCCUUCCACCUCAUCUCCAACUACAAAGAAACCACGUCAAAUUUGCAGAUUUUACCAGAAUAAUAAAAGUUGCCGGUUUGGUGACAACUGUAAGAACAUGCAUGAACUGGAAACUGAUUUUAAGAUGAUCAACAAUAUGAAAGUCAAGGUGCCCAAAUCGUUUGAGAAUAACUAUUAUGUCAAGGAGAAUGCUAGUGAAAACAUGUCUUUGUACAAGAUGCUUGUGAAGAAAGACCAAUUCGAGCUAGAGAACGAUAAGUUCAUCGAGUUCCUCUAUUAUCUUGAUAAGAAAGGGCUAAUAAAGCAUACUUUUAAUGACAUUCCCACCUAG